AUGGCGGUGGUCGGCGUUCUCGCCCUGCAGGGAUCCUACAACGAGCACAUGUCCGGUACGCCGAAUCUCCUUCUCGCGUUUCUCGCGCGUGCCGGCGACGUGUUCUCUCGUGAUUCCGUCGGGUUCUGUCUGGGCAGCGCUGAGGAGGAUCGGGGUGAAGGGGGUGGAGGUGCGCAAGCCGGAGCAGCUGCAGGGCCUCGACUCGCUCAUCAUCCCCGGCGGCGAGAGCACCACCAUGGCCAAGCUCGCCAACUACCACAACCUGUUUCCUGCACUUCGAGAGUUUGUCGGUGCAGGAAAGCCUGUGUGGGGAACUUGUGCUGGGCUCAUUUUCCUUGCAAACAAGGCGGACAAAAAUUGGGAGGCCAAGAGCUUGUUGGGGGGCUAGAUUGCACUGUCCACCGGAACUUUUUUGGGAGCCAGCUGCAAAGCUUUGAAACCGAACUUUCAGUGCCAAUGCUUGCGGACAAGGAAGGAGGCAGUAAUACAUGCCGUGGAGUAUUUAUACGAGCACCUGCUAUCUUGGAAGUAGGAUCGGAUGUUGAAAUACUGGCUGAAUGCCCUGUUCCUUCUGGUAGACCCAGCAUUACCAUACCAUCUGCCGAGGGUGUUGAGGAAGAGGUGUACUCAAAAGAUCGGGUGAUUGUUGCGGUGCGUCAAGGGAGCAUCCUCGCCACCGCUUUUCACCCAGAAUUGACAUCAGACUGUAGAUGGCAUCGCUUCUUCCUGGACAUGGACAAAGAAUCCCAUCCAAAGGCCUUCUCCGCGCUAUCUCUAUCGUCGUCUUCAAGAGGUUCAGAAGGCGGGUCAAAGACCAAGCCUUUUGAUCUUCCCAUAUUUGAAUAG